CAGCUCACCGGGGCGGAAGGCGACAGGUGUCACCUGUCCGAGAAAGCAGAGCAAAACACGGAUGGAAAUUCGAAGUGGGAAAUGGCCCACAAAAAUGUAUGAAGUGCUCCGCGUCAUGACAGCUGGGCGCUCCAUGUGAAAUCAGUUUGCAGAGAAAGUGAGCUGCUCAGCCUGGUAAACAUGACAAGGAACAAGCAGAUUGACAUCAAGGGUGCCCUGGCUCUGGCCGGCACCUUUAACUUCCUGUACUCCUGUGCCAAAGCCUGCAUCCUGCCCUUCCUCACCCUGUACUUUAGACAGCAAGGCCUGACUCCCGUCAUGACAGGUAUUGUCAUGGGAACUAAGCACCUCGUAUCUCUGAUCUGGAGCCCUGUGGCUAGUCUGCUGUCCAAGCACUACAAUAAGAGGCGGGUGGUCAUAACUGGUUCUCUUGUUUGUUCGGCGGCAGUCGCUCUGCUUCUGCUUCUUAUCCCGUCCUCAGAUGUGGACCCACAGACCAGCUACUGUAACAUGUCUGAACUGAGCACCGGUCUGACUGCAGAUGUGGGUGAUGACCUGCUUGUGAGUAGCGCAGGACCUACGGCGGCAUCAAAUCUGACCCGCUCAAAUGUCAAUGCUGCUCCUGUCUCGCAAUCUAAUGCCACUUUACCUACAAAGACACUUGGUGACACGAAUGAAACAUCUCAUCCUCAACUAGCACAAGUGAAAAAUGUGUCUCGGAUGGUAAGCGAUAGUCUAGGAAAACCAAACACCAACAGGUCUAGCAGUAGCUCCUCACUGCCACCCCCGGCGAGAAACAAGAGGUCCCGGGCUGGAUCAGGGUCAGUGGCACAUCAUCAAGAAAGAAAAACAGGGAUGGAGGAGGAGGGCCAUUUUGAAUUCCUCGGCAGCCUGAAGAUGAUGGACGCUCAGCACCAGCUCUUCUUCCUUAUCCUGAUUAUAGUGUCGAUAUGGGAGUCUUUAUCCACUCCUCUAGAGUGGACGGCAGAUGACGGCCUGUAUGAGUAUCUAGAUUUUGUGGAUGCCUCGGACCGCUAUGGCAGCACAGGGGUGUGGGGGAUGCUAGGAGCCACCUGUGGGGUUGGAGGUGUGGGGCUGCUGGUGAGCCAAUUAAGCUGUGUCAUUGCUGGUCAGAUGCCCAGGAGCGCUGUGCAUUUCUACUGCUAUGCUGGGGUGACCGCUCUGGCCCUGCCUGUGGCGGUGUUUCUGCCUCUCUACCUGAACAAGAAGCGAAACAGGGCCAACGGGCUCCUCAAAGCCAUGCAGCUGGUAUGCGGGCACCCUCGGGCCCUGCUCUGCGCAGUCACUACCCUCCUGGUCGGGAUCGCAGGCUCAGCUGUGGAUAACUUCCUUCUUUGGCAGAUGCAGGACCAUGGGAGUGGUGAGCUGCACAUGGGGCUGUGUCUCGCCCUGGCACUGCUCUCACAGGCAGCCUUCCCUCUGCUGGCCGGUCGGCUAUCCAAGCUCUUCAGCCCAGACAGGCUGCUCAUAAUUGGGGCUACAGGUUUUGCACUACAGUGCUUCUAUUACUCCUUUCUCUGGGGACCUUGGGCUGUACUCCCUGCACAGUUGUUGAGCUGCUUCAGCUGUGGAGCUCUUUCAUGGGCAGUGAAGCUUCAGUGUGAGGAUGUGGCUACACCAGGUGCUGAGAGGGGUGUGAGGAGGGUCUACCAGGCCCUGUCUGUGGAGCUGGGAGCAGGCCUGGGGAGCUUCGCUGGGGGCUUUGUGGUCCAGAGGUUUGGGCUGGCAUGGUUCUUCAGAGGCACUGCGGUGGUACUGAUGCUGUGGUGUGUGUGCCUGCCUCUGCUCCAGUGGAAGGCCCCUCGCCAGCGCAGGAUUAACUACUCCCGUCUUUUGGCAGCUGAUGCCAGUGAGGCCAGUGACUCAGAUUCUGAACAGGAGAGAGACUGGCUGGAUAAAGCAAUGGAGGAUGACAAAAGCAAUAACAACCAUGGAAGGAGGAUAAACCACUGACGGCAGCUGAACUGAGCAGUAUUGUAUGAUCUGUAAUACGGAAGGAUGUGUAAAAUCAUUGUAUUGAUGUAAUACAUGAUUUACCUUAUAAAACUGAAAAGCAUUUUUGUUUCCCUGCAGGAAUGUCCUGCCAAUUACAGACAUGCCACUCUGUCAUCAAAGAGCUUCAUCAAAGCAGGCCGGCUAAUUUCCUACCUGUCCAACUGGUUUAACUGGAAACUAAAUAUUUCUGUAUAGCUGUCAUUAUUUCUUUUUGUUUUUUUAAUAGAAUGAAAUAUUCAGGCAUCUCCCCUCAUGUUCCAUGUUAGAGUUUUAACAGCCAACAAUUAAAGUUACUGCUAAUGUACAAUUUACUGCAGCCUGUCAACCCACAAAUGUACUACAUUUACAUAAGCAAUCGUAGUGUUUGUUUUAGCAAACAAGGUAGCAGGAUUAAGGCUGGGCUAAAGAGGUUAAGUGACACAGUUUAGCCAUUCAUGACAAUAGAAACAGUGAUGCACCCAAGUCGUGUACACAAGGUGAGGCCAAACUGCAUCUUGUCUCACCACACCCAGCAGUUUGCUUACCUAGUGGUAACUCAGUGGUUAGCAUGACCAGUGCUGUUGUGGGUUUGUUGAUUUUGUAUUUUUGACACUCAAGUGCCAAGAAUAUUGAACAGGAUCAGCUGAUUAAAAAAAAAACUUGAAUACUUUAUAGUUCAGGUCUCUGCAUGUAACUGUUUAGCACAUUCACACUGACCUCUGCAAAACACAAUUGAGUUGUAUGACACUCCUUUGCUAUGCAGGCAUGUGCAGAUGUAUGGAGACUAAUUUAUCAAUGUGAGUGCACCUGCAUUUUUAUGCUACCUAAUAUGUGAAAAAAAACAAAAAAAAAACAGCUUGAUUGGCAGUAUUCUCUAAGCAACUACCUUUGUAGAUGCAAAUCCAGAAACGUGUGUGUGUGUUCAAUGUUUUGAUAUAAUACAAACAUCAACACGGCAGUGACCUUUGGCUUAUCUGUGUUCCUUGCAAUAAAUAUGUAUUUUGCCCUUC